GUACGACGGUGUUUUAUUUUGAAUUGGUUUUGAACCGGAAACGCUUUUCUUUUGAAAUGAGCCUUAAAGCUAGCAUCGGAACAGAACAUCAACAAGAGCUCGUCUUCAUUUCAACUAAAGUGCUCUUCUGUGUUGGAGACAAGACAAGCUGGACGUCUCAUCGCAGAUGAUGAACGGGGACACCUCCAGUGGGGUGGACACGCUGGAGGAAACUCUGCAGCAGAUGAAUGUCCUCAUCCAAGAGAACAAAGAUUUGAAAGAGUCUUUACAUAAGACCAACCUGCUGAUGAAAGAGCGCUUGGAGAGUCUGUCCACGUGGCGAGACAAGCAGCGGGAGGAGCACCAACUCAUGGUCACCAGGCUGGAGGAGGCCGGGCUCCAAAUGGAGGCCUUGACGCUUCAGAACCAGGAACUGAGCCAGAAACUGGAGGAGGCGGGUGACGCCUCACAAGUGGCGAGACCCAGUGCAGAGGCCGACGCCCUCCGUGCGCAGCUGGCCCGACUGCAGGCGGAGAAGAACGACCUGGUGGCUCUCAACUCUGAGCUGCAGCUGAAGGCCGACCACAACUCCCACGAGGACUCCUUCAUCGAGGUCAUCAAGGUGUCGGACCAAGGUGUUGUCAGCAAAUGCCCCGACUCCGACGCCGACACCAGCGAGGAGGUGACGGUCAGCCAACUGCUGGCCUCCCUGCGGAAGGAGACUCAGCGGGCGGAGCGGCUGCAAGGCGAGCUGCAGGCCGCCGUGGACAAGAAUACGGCGCUGGAGGAGAGCAGGAGUCUUGUUAACGUAGCAACGCAGACAUCCAUGACCUCAGAGACCAGAGAGGAUUCUGGGAAGGACAAGGCUGCGUCCCAGUUGGAGAGCAUGAAGUGUGGGAUGAAGACGCUGGUUGAAAGGCUGCAGCAGGCUCAGAGCGAGCUGGAUGAUGCAGAAGGCAUGAAGAAGAACCUGCAAGACAGCUGUCAUCUACUAGAGCAGCGUGUGGACACCCUCAGAGCUCAGCUGGAGGACAAGCAGGCGGUGCAGGCGGAGAACCAUCGGCUGAAGCUGCAGCUGGACAGCAUGCAGACACACACCUUGAUGGAGCAGAGGAAGGCUGGGGAGGAGAGAAGCAACCUAGCUCAGCUGAAGGACGCCUACACGCAGCUGUUUGAAGACUACAACGAGCUCCAGGAGGAGAAGAAGAAACGAGAGCUGGUGGACAGCAGAGUGCUGCAGGAUCUUCAAGGUCAGCUGACCGCCGCCGAGCAGGCCCUGGUGGACAAGCAGGAGAACAUCGACAGCUUGAAGCAGGAGAUCUUCCAGAAGGAGAAGGAGCUAGAGACCAUCUCCGUGUUGCAGGCACAGGCUGAGGUCUACUCCUCCGACUUCUACGCCGAGCGGGCGGCCAGAGAGAAGCUGCACGAGGAGCGAGAGCGUCUGUCUGCUCAGCUGGAGUAUGUCAAGAAACAAAACUGCCAUCUGCAGGAGCUGGACACCAUGAGGCGGCUGACACUGAGCGAGAUGCAGAGGAAACAUUUGGCAAAACCAAACGGACGAAAUCCAGCAUUGGUUGGGAGAGGUACUGACUGGCAGCAUCAGGGCAAUAUUCCUGAGAACGUCUGUCCAAAAUGCAACAGCAUCCUGCCAGAUCUGGACUCCCUGCAGAUCCACAUCAUGGACUGCAUCAACUAGCCUCGCAGCAUCUUUUGCUUUAUUUGCACUUUAAUCCCAAGUUUUCCUCUACUUCUACUUCCCCUCUCAUACAACCAAGAGUUCACUUUAUAUGAUUUGAUGUUUGAUGUCCUCUCACAAGGGUUUGUUUGGGCGUUGUUGGCUCCACGUGUCUGAAAUGUGGACGGACUCAAAUAGAAGCUUUAAAAGGUGUUUGCAUCAAGUGGGGGCUCAAUGGCUUGUAUGUCAAGAAGCAAAUGUCACUGGAUAGGAUCUAAACUACAAAACAUUGUUUUAAUUUCAAAUAAAAUGCAAAUGUUUUUGGUGAAAACCUGGAAA